GCGUUCUGAAUGAAUGGGGAGUUCGGUGGCUUUGAAUAUUGGCUUAAAAUAAUCAAAGUAAAUGAUCCAUAACUAGAACAGUCUAUGUGCAGGUUCUGCUCCUUUGGGUUUCAAAUGUAAAAUGUGAAUUUUUCUCCUUCUUGAUUAAUAUAAUGAGCAUCUGAUUGAAGCGUGCUUUAAUUAUGAAACUUGUAGUGUGGACUUCUGUGCUUCCCUGUUCUCUGUCCUAAAACAGCGUUUGUUGGGCAGCUGUGUAUCUUACUUUGUUGCGGGAGCAGUGCAUUGGAAACUUUGGAAUAUUAUAGAAGUGAAUGAAAGCAGAUCGGAUGAGCCGAGUGUGCAUUGUUGUUUUAGAGGAGGAGGAAGAUGAUCCCUCCACUUUUGUUUCGAAAGUUUCUCAGGAACAUUAUCCCCUGCCUGCAUCUAACUCAAAUGCUCAAGAUAGAAAGCCACCACUGCUGAAAGCUAUAUUUAAUGUGGAUCCAGAUGAAGUUCGCUCCCUCAUAUUUAAGAAGGAAGAUGUAAAUGUACAGGACAAUGAAAAGAGGACCCCAUUGCAUGCUGCAGCCUACCUUGGAGAUGCAGAAAUUAUUGAACUACUUAUUUUAUCAGGGGCUAGAGUAAAUGCCAAAGACAACAAGUGGUUGACUCCCCUUCAUAGGGCUGUUGCUUCUUGCAGUGAGGAAGCUGUUCAAGUGUUGUUGAAGCACUCUGCUGAUGUCAACGCUCGUGAUAAGAAUUGGCAGACACCUUUGCACAUAGCUGCUGCAAACAAAGCUGUGAAAUGUGCAGAGGCCUUGGUACCUCUCCUCAGCAAUGUCAAUGUCUCUGACCGGGCAGGGAGAACUGCAUUACACCAUGCUGCCUUCAGUGGUCAUGUGGAGAUGGUAAAGUUGCUGUUGUCUAGAGGUGCCAAUAUUAAUGCCUUUGACAAGAAAGACCGACGUGCUAUUCAUUGGGCGGCCUAUAUGGGCCAUAUUGAGGUUGUAAAGCUUCUAGUGUCCCAUGGAGCUGAAGUGACCUGCAAAGACAAGAAAGCCUACACACCCCUUCAUGCUUCAGCCUCUAGUGGAAUGAUCAGUGUGGUGAAAUACCUUCUGGACCUUGGGGUUGAUAUCAAUGAACCAAAUGCAUAUGGAAACACACCACUUCAUGUGGCCUGCUACAAUGGACAGGACGUUGUUGUGAAUGAACUCAUUGACUGUGGUGCUAAUGUCAACCAAGUGAAUGAAAAAGGCUUUGCUCCUUUGCACUUUACUGCUGCAUCUCGACAUGGAGCACUGUGCUUAGAACUUCUCGUUGGCAAUGGUGCAGAUGUCAAUAUCAAGAGUAAAGAUGGGAAAACUCCUUUGCACAUGACAGCCAUUCAUGGCAGAUUCUCUCGGUCACAGGCGGUCAUUCAAAGCGGUGCUGAAAUAGACUGUGAAGAUAAGAAUGGCAAUACUCCUUUGCACAUAGCAGCGCGCUACGGCCAUGAGCUGCUUAUAAACACUUUAAUCACCAACGGAGCUGACACUGCAAAGAGGGGCAUCCAUGGAAUGUUUCCACUGCAUCUAGCAGCCCUUAGUGGCUUUUCUGACUGCUGCAGGAAGCUGCUUUCAUCAGGCUUUGACAUUGAUACGCCAGAUAAUUUUGGGAGAACCUGUUUACAUGCUGCGGCAGCUGGGGGGAACUUGGAGUGUUUAAACCUUUUGCUUAACACUGGAGCAGAUUUCAACAAAAAAGACAAAUUUGGAAGGACCCCUCUGCAUUAUGCUGCUGCCAACUGCAACUACCAGUGCCUGUUUGCUCUUGUAGGAUCUGGAGCAAGUGUGAAUGACCUUGAUGAAAGAGGUUGCACACCACUGCACUAUGCAGCUGCAUCAGACACAGAUGGAAAGUGCCUGGAGUAUUUACUCCGGAAUGAUGCAAAUCCAGGGAUUCGAGAUAAGCAUGGAUAUAAUGCUGUGCAUUACGCGGCUGCUUAUGGACAUCGCUUAUGUCUUGAGUUGAUUGCAAGCGAAACACCUCUAGAUGUGUUAAUGGAGACUUCUGGGGCGGACAUAUUAAAUGACUCUGAUGCAAGAGCACCCAUUAGUCCAUUACACUUAGCGGCUUACCAUGGUCAUCACCAGGCCUUGGAGGUGCUUGUUCAGUCCUUGCUUGAUCUUGAUGUCAGAAACAGUAAUGGUCGGACACCACUGGACUUGGCAGCUUUCAAGGGCCACGUAGAGUGUGUGGAUGUGCUAAUUAAUCAAGGCGCAUCAAUACUUGUCAAAGAUUAUACCUUGAAGAGGACGCCCAUCCACGCAGCCGCCACUAAUGGACAUUCAGAGUGUUUGCGGCUGCUGAUUGGCAAUGCAGACCUUCAGACUGCUGUAGACAUUCAAGAUGGAAACGGACAGACACCCUUGAUGCUGUCUGUUUUAAGUGGACACACUGACUGUGUGUACUCACUGCUGAACAAGGGAGCAAAUGUGAAUGCCAAAGACAAGUGGGGAAGAACGGCUUUGCACAGAGGGGCAGUAACUGGGCAUGAAGAAUGUGUGGAGGCACUGCUCCAGCACAAUGCCAACUUCCUUAUUCGAGACUGCAAGGGACGGACAGCAGUGCAUUUAGCAGCUGCAUGUGGUCACAUCGGUGUGCUGGGAGGGCUAUUGCAGGCUGUGCAAUCCAUGGACACCGUUCCAGUCAUUACAGACAAUCGGGGCUACACACCGCUGCACUGGGCUUGCUACAAUGGUCAUGACACCUGUGUAGAGCUCCUACUGGAGCAAGAAAUUUUCCAGAAGAUGGAAGGGAAUCCUUUCAGCCCUUUGCACUGUGCAGUGAUAAAUGACAAUGAAGGAGCUGCUGAAAUGUUAAUAGACACACUGGGUGCUGCUAUUGUAAAUGCCACAGACUCAAAAGCAAGAACCCCUCUGCAUGCAGCAGCCUUCACAGACCAUGUGGAAUGUUUGCAGUUGCUGCUCAGUCACAAUGCGCAAGUCAACACAGUUGAUUCCUCGGGAAAAACACCAUUGAUGAUGGCAGCUGAAAAUGGACAAACCAAUGCCGUUGAAGUGUUGGUAAGCAGUGCAAAAGCAGACCUCACUUUACAGGAUUCCAACAAAAAUACAGCUCUUCACCUGGCUUGCAGCAAGGGCCAUGAAACUAGUGCCUUGUUAAUAUUGGAGAAGAUAACCGAUCGGAACCUCAUCAACUCAACAAAUGCAGCUUUACAAACACCCUUGCACGUUGCUGCCCGCAAUGGUCUUACUGUAGUGGUGCAAGAACUGUUAGGAAAGGGGGCCAGUGUACUUGCUGUAGAUGAAAAUGGUUAUACACCUGCCUUGGCGUGUGCCCCAAACAAAGAUGUCGCAGACUGCCUAGCUCUAAUUUUGGCCACCAUGAUGCCUGUGUCUCCAAGCACUACUAUGCCCAGCCUGAGUUUUAAUGCCAUUAAUCACUACACCAACCCUUCGAAGACUGUGACUUUUGACACAUUGCCCAUCUUGAGAAGUGAACACACCUCUUACUGCAGCUUCAACAACAUUGGCAGGGAGGAUGGAUACUCUUUUAAUGAAGAGGAUGAACUCAAUGACUCUGAUUCCGAAACCUAUUGAUCAGGAUAUAGAGAGGUUCUAAUACACAUCCCUGUCUUAAUGACCAACAGCCCACUGAAGAGAAAACUUCAUCUGUCUGACUUGAAAAGCUGAAAGCAGAUUUGACAAGCUGCUGAUGCUUAUGGAAAACUUUUCUCAUUGGGGCCUUAAGAGUCUGACAUGGAAGGAUGCUGAGCUUCAAGACAUAUGUGAAGUCUGUCAGAGAAAACAAGAAAAGCGAAUUAUUUUUCUUUACCUAUUUAAUUUGCUGUGCCAGAAGUCAUUUCAACAGUGUACGCUAGAAUAAAGUGUGUUAUUUUCAAAUGAAAACAUUUUAAAGUAAAAUUGGAGACUAUAUGAAUAAAACUAUCAAUUUCUCUAAGGCAAUAAUGCAGUCUGAGACGCUAGCACUUGAAGAAUGAGUUGCCAAAGGGACCAAAAGUUUCAAAAAUAAUUUAUGGAAAGGAAGAACAAGAGUCAAUUCAAAUUAAUUAAGACUUGUAAGCCAGGAUUAAUUUAUUAUAAAGGGGGAAAAGAGGAAGUACUUAUACAGUGGCAUAGAGAGUUUUGAAAGUUCAUGCCUCCGAUAUUUACAACAUAUAAAAUAUAUGUGGGAAAACAGGAACUUAUUUUUGGGGAAAAAAAUUAUAAAAAUGGCCUUGUCAUGCAAUUUCUAAUAAAAGUUUGAGACCAGCUGAAGUGGUACAGUCAGGGUUAUACAUUUUACACUACAAAUAAACAGAAAAACAUUUUUGAAAUACACUUUGAACAUUGAUUUACUGUAUUUUUAUGAUUAGGACUUAAGAUUUUGAAAAAUGUAUGAGGAACACCCGUUCAAGGUGAGUUGAUAGCAACAGCAAAAUAAAACUUACCUUUCCAGUAUUGCAGCCCUAGUCACACCAUUCUUUCAAUAAUAAAUGUUUAUUUUUAAUUUGUGUGAAUAUCUGUACAUUUCUUUUUGUUUUUUCACAUGCCUUCAUGGUUAUUACAGCUAGAGUUAUUAGGUUUGUGAAAGACAUUUUCUCAAUAUGGCUGUCUCAAUGUUUUUAAAAGACCCCAACACAAUUUUAAAUUUGACUCCCAGUUUUAUGUUAAACGAUAAUACUGUAUUAAACCCAGAAGCUGCAAGCAUUAUUUGCUUUGUAUUGAAGAAUACAGUAUAUACCAAUGACAGGAUUGCAUUGGACUUUCUUUAACCAAUUUUUUUCUCUUAACAUCAAUGCCAUUUUUACAGAAUUUGCUUGCUUUGGUUUUUACAUACAAGACCUUCUUAAUCUUGUUUGUUGCUGUUAAAGAAUAUUUUUUUGAUAAGAAUUUUAAUCUAAAUGCAUAUAAACUGGAAUUCUGUAAAGUAUAUCAGCUGGUUUUCUGAAAAGAAAGUGUGGAACAGAACAAUUUGAUUUAUUACAAUUAUUUUUUGUUUUUUAAAUUACAUUCUAGCAUGUAAAUAGAAAGUAGUGACUGCUUGAAUAUUAUACCUACCUGCACUCUUUAAAUACAUCUCUGAGAUUCCUGUAUAUUUUAUGGUUAAUAAAAUCCAAAUGUGGGUUAUAUGUAAUUUAACAGUUUAUUUGUUUCAUCGUAAUUUUAGGUUAAUGUUUCACAUUAGCUCUCUAAUGUCAGAGCCUAAUUAAUGUUUGGUAAAGGGGAUGUUUAUUAAAUCUUAGUUUGAUUUCAGGUUACUAUAAACCUAAGCAAAUCUACUUGAUGUACAGGUAUUAUUUGUAAUAGGAAGAUUGAUGGUUGACAACAUUUUCUGGAAAUCCUUCAUAUACAAAAGUUACCAACAGUAAACAUAUCAGUUUUCAGAAAUGGAUUCAUAUAUUCUGUCCUGAAACGUAUAUCUUCUUUAAGAUGUUCAGAAAUGAAUUACAUUUCUCAAAGCUUUUUUUUUACUUUAUACUUUUGUUGAAUAUGUUUUGUGGAGUAUGAAAACAUUGAAAUAUAUAUCAUUGCUAUUGUCAAUUUUAAAAAAAUUAUACAAGAGAAGUGAAAAAUGAAUGGAGACCACAAAAGAGUUUGAGACAAGCAUGAUUGUUCAGUAAACAGCAUUUAGAAAUGGAGAAUGCAUUGAGAAUAUGUAGUUUGAAUGAUUUAUUCCCACUGCAACUGGCUUUUUAUCCAGAUUCAUGUCUCCACUAUAAAGGCACUCAUAUGUGAUUCCCAAUGACAUGAGUGACUUUCCACCUGUCAAAUGUCUGGGUGCUCUUUGUACACUGUAAAUUAAUUCUAGAAAGUCGUCCAAAGCAAAGCUAGAUCCUAAAGGUAUUGUGUUGAUUAAGGUGAAACAUAAUGUACUUAGGCUUGUAGUUUGUCCUUUUUAAUUUUAAUCUUCCCACAAUCUAGCCUGUAUUUCACAUUUUCAGAUUACAUGCAUUAUUUUAUUCUGAAAAAUUCACAGCUGUCAACAAAUGUUGAGUGUGAUUGGCUGGAGAACAAAUGCAAUAGAUAAAUAAUUUUCCCCUUAUAUGCAGAUAGAUGUCCACAAAUUCCAAAUUCUAAGCACGUGGACAUUGACCAAAUCCAAUUUGUGAGCUCAUUUACUUCCAAGAAGAAUAAAGCAUUGUACAUCAACAAA